UGGAAGUGCAGUUCGUACAAAUCUUCUUGGCGUGACAACAGACAGUAGCAACAAAGAGGUAGUAAAUCAGCGAUUACCAGAGAGAUCAGAGAUCGUCGCCGGAGAACGGGAUGGGAGCUCCGUUUCCGGCGGAGGAGGAGAGCUCCACCACGAAGAUCACCGACUUGGACUACGACGCUUUUGCCCACUUCGCUCGUUUCCUCGACAUUCGUGACGUCAGCAACCUGGCUAUGGCGUCUAAAUCCCUCAGGCACGCCGUCUACUCCGACUCCAUCUGGGCUCGAUUCUUCAGGGAACGUUGGCCUAACCAACCAAUCUUGGAACCAUUGGGAAUGCGAGACGCGUACUUGACCAGACGAGGGGAGUUGCAUAAACUCAAAUUCGAGGACCCUUUCGUUAAGGAAUUCGAUGCAGACAAGCCCUUUGAACAUACAUUGUUGGACGGAGAAAACCUUUUCCUUUCACAGGGAUCUGUGAUACAGACAGUACGGAUUCCUGAUCUGAUGGCUGGAGUUGUGCCUUAUGCCAGCCUCAAUGACCACAAGGCGAGAGUCACUUGCAUGAGGUCUUUUCCUCUUGCAGAAACGGGUCUCUUCCGGAGCGAGUCACAGAGAGACGAAAAUGUAUUGCUGAGUUCUAGCAGUGACCAUACGAUUUGCCUAUGGUGGAAGGGUUCAUGUCAGCGACGCUUUAGGGGACAUAACGGUCCUGUGACUACUCUGUCAGAGAGAUUAUUAGGGGAUGGCGUUGGAAAAUUACUUGCAAGUGGUGGUGAAGAUGGUACUCUUCGUCUAUGGUCACUUAACUCAAGUGGAAAACGCAGGCAACAAUCUCUACAGGCCACAUUGAAAGGACAUGAAAAACCAAUCAAAUUCAUAUCUGUUGCUGGACACAAAACAACUCUUAUGGCAUCUUUGGCUACUGACUCCAAGGUCAGAGUUUGGGAUGUAGCUGCAUUGUCCUCUUCAACUCGAUCUUCUGCCUGCGUGGGCAUGACAUGUGUACCAGGCCCUCCUGUUUCCAUGAAAUGCCACGAGUCGUUGCUUUACAUUGCCGCGGGUUCCUCUGUUGUAUCAAUCGAUCUAAGGACGAUGCAGAAAGUCAAUGACGUUGCAGUCUUACAGCCAAAAGUCAACUCCUUUGCUAUAUUACCUUCAGCAUCCCUUGUCUGCACCGGUGGAGAUGGCAAGGCUGUGCUUUGGGAUAUCAGAAGAAACCAAACCACACCAAGGCCAAGAGCCAUAACAGAGAUGGACGGACACAAUGGACCCAUCACGUUCCUACACAUGGACCAGUACAAGGUUGUCACCGGUGGUCCUGAGGAUGCUUCUGUUAACGUAUGGGAGAGCGAUACCGGGACAAAGACUAUAUCCUUGAAGUGUUGCAGGGAUGCCCCUCCUUUACGGGCUCGGUGUUCAGCCAUGGCUGUUAAAGGCUGCCAACUGGUCACUGCCGGUUAUUAUCAUGGGUCUAGGAUGGCGGGCGCUUAUUACAGGGACUUUUCGAAUGCUACGUUGCCGUUAUCGAGAUCUGAAGACGAGAAUGCUUCAAAACUUUGGUGUCGGCCCGACAGUGAUGAGGAUAGCGAUGAAUCAGAUUAUGAAGAACACAGACUGUAUUAGACAUUGAUGUGUAAUCUCUGCAUCUCAGGUUCAAUGUUUCUGUUUGAUCUGUUGUCUCUGUUAAAGCUUCUUUGAAUAGUGAUGAUGAUGACAUCAUCAUCUUGAGAUUGUAAGGUACAAAAAUGCCCACAAAUAUGCAUAAACAUCUCUAAGCAAGUGCUUUCAAGGGUUUUUUGGUAGUGAAGCAAUGUGAGCUAUUCUCCUGUA